CUCCUCGGCGGCCUAGGAGUUGAAGUGUCAAGCCCGCGAGUAGGUCAUGGCGCUCUCUGCGCGGCUCUGGCGUUCUCUCCCGUCCGGACGUGGCAUCGCCUCGGGACUUCGGCUUUCGACAGGUGCUGCUGGCAGCCGCGGGACGUGCGGGCCUUGGCGACUCGGCGGCUCUGAGGUGAUGGGAAAACCAGGGGCUUUCAGAAGAAGCCUUUUAUUCUCAGCCUUGUCUUAUUUGGGAUUUGAAACUUACCAGGUCAUCUCUCGGGCUGCCGUAGUUCAUGCCACAGCCAAAGUCUCGGGAGUUGAGGAAGUCCUUGCACAAGCAGACUACCUGUACGAAAGUGGAGAAACAGAAAAACUUUAUCAGUUGCUGACCCAGUACAAGGAAAGUGAAGAUGCAGAGUUACUGUGGCGUUUGGCACGGGCAUCACGUGAUGUAGCUCAGCUUAGCGGAACCUCCGCGGAGGAGAAAAAGCUCCUGGUGUAUGAAGCCUUAGCGUAUGCAAAGAGAGCCCUAGAGAAAAAUGAAUCAAGCUUUGCAGCUCAUAAGUGGUAUGCAAUCUGUAUUAGUGAUGUUGGAGAUUAUGAAGGCAUCAAGGCUAAAAUCGCAAAUGCCUACGUCAUCAAGGAGCAUUUUGAGAAAGCAAUUGAAUUGAACCCUAAAGAUGCCACCUCAAUUCACCUUAUGGGUAUUUGGUGUUAUACGUUUGCUGAAAUGCCUUGGUAUCAGAGGAGGAUUGCUAAAAUGCUGUUUGCGACCCCUCCCAGCUCCACCUAUGAGGAGGCCUUAGGCUACUUUCAAAGGGCAGAGCAAGUGGACCCGAACUUCUACAGCAAAAACUUGCUUCUUUUAGGAAAGACUUAUUUGAAGCUACACAACAGAAAACUUGCCGCUUUCUGGCUGGUGAAAGCCAGAGACUACCCGGCACACACGGACCAGGACAGACAGAUACAGACAGAAGCCGCUCAGUUGCUUACUGGUUUCAGUGACAAGAACUGAAAAUGUUUCAGAGAAGAAAGCACAUGAAGUAUCUAGGAAACACUGCCUUUUUGUCAAAUU